AACCUAAAUGUUGAAAAUGACUUAUCAUGGUCGAUUUGCAUACCCUAAAAUAUUGAUGACGAAUUGUAAAUAAUGAAAAUAACGGUUUGAUAGAUAAUCGCGAUUUUUGAUACCGAAUCAUCUACUAACAGCGAUAACAUUGCAUAUCUAAAAGCAGAAUAUUUUGUAUUGUAUUGAGUAACAUACCUACCUACUGGAACAUAUUUGCUUAACAUGUCUAUUUCCUCCAACUUGCCUUUAUUUGGAGCGAUUCUUCUCCCAAAUUUGGGAGGUUUUGCUGGUGGAUACAUAACAAGAAGGAAUAUAAGGCCAUGGUAUGAAAAUCUUAAAAAACCAGAAAUGAGACCUCCAAAUUGGGCUUUUGGACCUAUAUGGACAUCCUUAUAUUCAGGGAUAGGAUAUGCUUCCUAUCUCGUCUACAAAGAGGGAGGUGGUUUUGAAGGUGCUGCAAAAUUACCUUUAAUACUGUAUGGAACUAAUCUCAUAGCAAAUUGGGCUUGGACGCCCAUUUUCUUUGGAGCUAAGCAGCUCAAAUUGGCCUUAUAUGAAAUAAAUCUCAUAACGGCUACGGCUAUUGCAACAGGAUACAUGUUCUACCAAAUCAAACCUUUGGCAGGUUAUCUCUUCAUUCCUUACGUUGCUUGGCUGGGACUCGCCACAUGGUUGAAUUAUAGCGUGGCAAGGGACAAUCCUUCAGUUACUAUUACAGAACUCGAUAAAAAUGAAUAAGAAUGAAAUUUGGAUAGUUUAUAAGUGAUAAUGUUGUUUAAUCUUUAAUAGGGGUAUUUCGCAUUUAAGAAAGAAUUUUAUAUUUUUGGCAGAAGCUGAGCACAAUUAAACUCUGUUGAAUGUU